AAUUGUUCAGAUUACAGACAGAAACGGAGCUUGACGUGGGUUCGCGUCGCGACUUGUUUGUAAACGAUUCGCUAGUGCAAAUAUAAGCACAUCUAAUAAUUCAAAGAAAUAUAAAAAUAGUAAAAGUUGUCGGCACUUUAAAAUAAAGUUAUUUAAGCAUCAUAAAAUGCAUUGUAUAAAACGUUAUAGUGAAAUGAUGAAUUGGUAGUUGUCCAAUAAAUCUUCAUACAUACCCGUAUGUGUAUAUUUGUGUGUGUGUGUGAGUUUACAAUUGUAUAUAGUAUGCAGUAAACAAGACGAGCGUAUUAUUUAGUGAAAUUUUUGCUUCCAACUAAAUUUCGGAGUUUUCAAAACGACAACGAGCAAACGGUUUUUUGCGUUAAAUUUUGUGCUUGUGUUUUCAUAUUAGUACAAUUGCAGCCAAAUAGCGCAGACAGACGCAUACAUGUAUAUGUGCAUAUGUAUACACAGCGUACUUAUUGGAUUAUAAAAACGAAAAUAACUGAAUUGCAAAGCGCUUUCGAUUCAAAAAUCUUCCAACAAGAUUGUGCCAAACGUAAAAUUCACAUGAAAAUAUCUAUCACAGUUGCUGGAGUUUCUCGUCAUUUGAAUUAUCCCAAAUUUCCGUUUUCCGAUCGAUUUUCAUAUCCUUAUUUAUAUAAAUACCAAUAGGGUUUUUUUUUUUUUUUUUUUUUUCUUGAAAGUUUGUUAAAUGAUUUGGCCAAAUAAGUAUAAGAAAUUGAUGAGCCUCAAUAAGAGAAAGUAAAUAAGUAAAAAAUUUAAGCGUCCAACAUAAAACAUUUAGAAUAUUCCGUGUUCGCGUUAAGGCUCAGUCGCCGAAUCUCUCGAAUCGUGGCCAAUGUAAUUUCAGUGAAGCUACGCAGCUUUAAGGAGCUGCCGCUUACCCAAGGCCAUCAUCAGCCAUCGGUUUACCCUUACCCACCUGCCAAAUACUGCAACAACAACAACAACAACAGCAGAAGCGUCAACAGCGAACGCAACAACAACAUCGAGCACAAGCGCCAACACAUCUAACAAAAAUACUUCAUAGCUGAUAAUAAUGAAUCUGAACCAACACAGUGGACCUGGUCCCCCAGAGAGCAGCACCACUACCACCAGCAGCACCAGCUGCAGUAGCAAUAUUAACGACAGCACCAAUAAUACUAACAAGUCUUGUGAUCAAGUGGACGCAUCGCCGAAUCUGUGGCGAGACAGCAGCACAUCGGGCAUGUGUUCAGUGUCUCAUAGAGUUGGCGAGCCGACGGCCGAGCUGUCAGCGGGCGGGCUCAGCAAUAGUGUUAUUACUAACACUAAUUGGAGUACGAAAAGCACCAGCAACGACCAUCCACCGACAUCUGUCAUGCGGACAAUAUCAUCGGAUCGUCUGGUCACUGGGUCCUCAUGUCGCGCUCUACGUACUGCCGUCUCCGCAUUAUAUUCUGUCGACGACUUUGUUAAGGAAAAAAUCGGUUCAGGGUUUUUCUCCGAAGUUUACAGGGUCACUCAUCGCACAACUGGACAGGUGAUGGUGCUAAAAAUGAAUCAAUUGCGCGCCAAUCGACCGAACAUGUUGCGGGAAGUGCAGUUGCUUAAUAAAUUAUCUCAUGCUAACAUACUGAGUUUCAUGGGCGUGUGUGUGCACGAGGGGCAACUGCAUGCCCUGACGGAAUAUAUCAACGGCGGUUCACUUGAGCAGCUCCUGGCCAACAAGGAGUUGCCUCUCAGCGCCGCGCAGAAAGUAAGACUGGCCCUUGGUAUAUCGAGAGGAAUGACUUAUUUACACGAUGCGGGCAUUUUCCACAGAGACUUAACGAGCAAGAACGUGCUUGUACGCCAUUUGGCAGAUGGUCAAUACGAAGCUGUUGUGGGCGACUUUGGAUUAGCAGCUAAGAUUCCAGUGAAAUCGGGGAAGACACGCUUGGAGACAGUUGGUUCGCCGUACUGGGUCAGUCCGGAGUGUUUGAAGGGCCAGUGGUACGAUCAGACGAGCGACGUAUUUUCAUUCGGAAUUAUUCUGUGUGAGAUCAUUGCGCGCAUCGAAGCUGAUCCCGACCUGAUGCCGCGUACAGCCUCAUUUGGUUUGGAUUACCUGGCUUUUGUCGAGCUCUGUCCCAUGGACACUCCACCUGUAUUCUUAAGGCUGGCCUUCUACUGUUGUCUAUACGAUCCGAAGAGUCGACCCACUUUCAGUGAUGCGACUAAGAAGCUGACACUACUUCUAGAGAAGUGUGAACAGGAGUCGAGGUGCGCGAGUCCAUUGAGCUCGUUGGAGCUAAUCAAUUGCUCGCCGAUCGGCAGUGAUAUAGAGAGCGCAAUCACAUUGGCCAACACGGCGUCGUCAACUGCCGAAAGCAUAUUUACAGCCCCGGCAGGUGUGCUGACACCGCGCUACCAGUGUGACGUGGAUGAAGAUGGAUUUCGAUUUCCCAGUACCGGAAUUAGCUGUAAAUCAGCCUCGGCAGCUAUGCCGGGCACACCCAACUGGUUGGCCGACAGUGCUGAAUAUGACGACGAACAUAUUUUGAAAUCGCGCGUUCGUCGCGCCACACAGAAACUAGAAGCUGAAAUUCUACUUCAUCGUCGUUCGCUCAGCGAGAACAUAAUACACUUUCCGCUGCAUACGUCGCCCAGUGACAAGGCGCGAUGUCAUCAAAUGCAGCGGCAGCGAUCCUCAACGCACUCGCCGACGCCGCCGCGACAAGUGGGCGAUCCGCAGACAGCGACGGUCCUUUUACCAACAACAGCAACAACAACAACAACGAAACUGUCGGACUCACCAUUGAUAAUUCCACUGGUGCCGGCAGUAUUGACGCUGCGCAAGGUCGGUGAAACAAUGUGCCUUAAAGAUCCGCAAUACAAACCGACGACAACGAAGGACCCCAACGGGGUGAAACCGAAUCCGUUUACGACGCUAGCGCAGCUCCGAGGCGUCAAGAAGAUACUGGGCGCCAAUCCAAAGACAUACGCAGCAGGCGUGGGCGAUUUGUUCAGCUCGUGCUUUGAGAUGUCAGCGCCGUUUUUCAAGGAGCUCGUCGCAAUGCAAGCCAAGAGUGCGGCCACAGGCACAGAGCUGGAGCCCAAUCCGAGCGGUGCGCCACCAAUAGCUAGCUGUACCGAACCAAAGAGUCUACCAGCAUCCCCGAAGCUAACGCGUAAAUACAGCGCUAUCGAACUGAAAUUGCCACAGCGAAACAGCCAUGCUGCCAGUGUAGCCAGUGAAGCUAGUGAAGCGCCGGCAGCGACUGCGCUUCCCACACCUGUCCUGACCGACAUCGACGACUGCGACUAUUGCAACUCGGAGGGCGAAGAUCUGGACGGCGGUGGCAAUUGCGCAGACGCUGAAUCGAGCAGCGACGACAGCGCCGUCCGUCCCUCGGCAAUGCCAGUGGCACGCAAGUACCGCGCCAACUCUCUCUACACGCAUCCGCUUUUUCGAGGCAGCAGCGGAACUAUUAUGAAGUACAGCAAUAGCGAGCUUGAAGUGGCGCCCUUGCUGAAGACAAGUAAUUCCGCCAAUACAUUAACGUCAUUGAAUUUAACCACAACUGAUAUGAUUUCGGGCAAUAAUCAGGUUGAGUACGGCAAGGAGCUGUCCCAGAGCAGCUUAUCGGAAAAGGAUGCUGCCUCGAAAUCCCCCCCACCCGAAGAAAUCCCAGCUACUGUUCCUGCACCCACAGACUUUGAACUAAACGGACUGAAAAAUUCGUGCGACUUGCUGCCGACCAAACGAAAUUUGACCCGGCGCGACUCCAUCGAAAGCGGCUUCUUCUCGUGCUUCAACGAGGAGUCAGAUGCAGCUACCACAAACACCAGCUACACGCGGCAGCUGUGCGGCAUCGGCUCGCUGGUUGUUGGCAAUGGCAGCAGCAGUAGCUGCUGCUACGACCAAUUGAAAUCACUGAACUUGGCUAGUAACAAACUGAAUGAUAAAUUGGCGAGCCUGUGUCGAUGCUGCUACUAUGCAACGCCUUCGUCCACUAGUGCCAUGGUGGCUGCUGCUGCCGUGACGCCACAACAACAUCACAGCGACUCGCCCACAACGUCGUCGUCCGUGCUGUUUAUCGAUAACGAAGCUACAGCCUUCACGGGUGGUGGGAAUACAUCGUCGUCGACAGCACUCGACUCGACGGACGAAUUGGACGCCGAGAUUAUGGCACCGCCCACGCAUCAUCGGCGUUACACCUGUCACCAUUCGUUGGUGAGUGGCGACUCACAGAUGACGGCGACGACAGCUGGCCUAAUCAAUCGAUUGGCACUUGAUUCCGAAAUACACUCGCUGCUGCAGCGCAGUCCGUUUGCCACCAAUCAAUUGCUCUACUGCAAGAAUCGCACUUCCUCCAUCUACACGGACAGCUCCGAUGACAUCAGCUCCGACUCGCUGCUGUGGGACGAUCGUUCCUUUACCGCAUUGCCAACUACGCGGUCCGCACAGAUAGCCAAAAUUGUGGAGUACUUUGAGAGGAAACGACAGGAAUCACUGCCCGCUUCAAUGUGCAAUCGCAAUGGCAACGGCAGUGUGGCAGCUGCUGUUGCUGCCUCAGCGCUGGGGUCCAACUAUCUGUCAUACGACUCACAUAGGUAUUCGGACUUUAAGCGGCACCUAAGUCCCGACUCGAUUUGCUUCGAGCUGGACAAGAAGCCGCAACAACAGCGUAUUAUGGUCUGCGAAGGAGCUGUUAAAUCAAAAUUAUCCAUUUUCGACAAGAAAAAGCAACAGCAGCAGCAGCAGCAACAACAACAACAACAACAUCAGCAGCAACAGCAACAACAAUCAAUGGGAAAUGGACAAGGUGGUUAGCCAUAUUCGAUAAGAACAUCAAGUUUUAUCUUUCUUAAGCGAUUUUCAAAAUGUUGGCAGUUUUUUAAUUUUAAUUUCGGGAUUGUGUCUAGGAAAAUUUCUAUAACAUUUGAGAGCUGGAUCAGAAUAUAUCAGAGUUUGCACACGAAUUAUUUAGUGGUAUAGAAUCAUGGUACUCCACUCUAUCUGUCUCUCUGUGUCUGGUUUCCAAUUCAAUUACGAUAAUUGUUUCACCGAUUAAAUGUUAGCACCACAUUACUACUAUUUAACAUACAUACAUAUAAAGAUAUAUUUUUAUAAUAGAACUAGAAUUUAAUAAUAUUUAGGCUCUUUCAAAUCAUCGUAUCGUAUGUUCCCCAAAUAGUAUGUAUAAAUUUAUUCUAAUUUCGGAACAUUUUUCUAAUACUUUGUACUGGUUCCUAGUCCUAUUUAAUUUAUAAAUUUAUGUUACAAAUCUAUGCAAAUGUAGUAAAUAAUUAUACAUAUACAUAUAUAUA